GAGACUAAAACCUUAACAGCAGGGGUGUGAGUGCAGGUCUGAGAGUUCGCACCUGUGAGUCCAAAGGACAGAGUGAGCGCGCAGCGGCCAGGACAGUCUCGUGGCUCCGUGUUUGUCUGUCCUCUCGGGCUGAACCCCCGGCUGACAAUAAACAGAUGAAGGCGGCCGCGGGACCUGUGCCACCCCGAUGGGAGGAGAGGACGGCGCAGAGGGCAGGUCCAGCAGGGCGCGGCCUCCUCCUUCUCCCGCGGCACCUCAUCUGCACUGUAGUAGGAUCUCUUCCAUUUCCAUUUCUGCCAACAGCCCUGCGCCACAGGGACGCAUUGAGAACAAACCCGAGAGGCAGAAACCGCUGCGGGGACACCCUUUGACCGCCGUGCCCAACAGGCGCAGCCUGCCUACGCACCGCGCGCCUCCCUGUCUGUCUGUAGCCCGUUUCUCACAGCUCAGACACAGAGUGACCGCUUUGAACCUGCCAGCCAAGAUAAACUCACCUCGCCUAUAUAUGCCCCUGCCUCUGCGUGCACUCGGGACCGGGGAGUGUCGGCAGCGCACAGGAGCGGUUCGGGUCUCUCGCGGCGCACUGGCCACUUUUACGCGCCGGGAAUGGCGACUCUAUGGGACUCGGGGAUGAGUCCGGCGACGUUACCUCUGCUAUAAUACAGUCGAGGUGAACCCACGCAAGGGGACGCGACGAAAAGAAAAUACAGUGGUGACAUUUGGGCCACCCGCCGGGGGGUGACACACCGGCCCCGUGGCGGAAUGCUACUCCCGACGCUGGUGACGUGCCUCGCCGUGUGCGCCUUUCUCCUCUCGCCGGUCAGCGAGGGCUGCGGGCCGGGUCGAGGCUAUGGCAAGAGGCGGCCACAGGGGAAGCUCGUGCCGCUCGCCUACAAGCAGUUCAGCCCCAACGUGGCCGAGAAGACUUUGGGGGCCAGCGGGAGAUACGAAGGGAAAAUAACUCGGAGCUCUGAGCGCUUCAAGGAGCUCACCCCGAACUACAACCCCGACAUCAUCUUCAAGGACGAGGAGAACACAGGUGCAGACCGCAUGAUGACACAGCGCUGCAAAGACAAGCUGAACUCCCUGGCCAUCUCAGUGAUGAACCUCUGGCCCGGGGUCCGGCUUCGAGUCACCGAGGGCUGGGACGAGGACGGCCACCACUCGGAGGAGUCGCUGCACUACGAGGGCCGGGCGGUGGACAUCACCACAUCGGACCGGGACAGGAACAAGUAUGCCAUGCUGGCGCGGCUGGCGGUGGAGGCCGGGUUCGACUGGGUCUACUACGAGUCCAAGGCCCACAUCCACUGCAGCGUCAAAUCAGACCACUCAGUGGCGGCCAAAUCUGGAGGUUGUUUCCCUGGUGAGGCUACGGUCACGUUGGAGAGCGGCGGUCAGAAGUCCAUCAGUGACCUGCAGCCCGGCGAACGGGUCCUGGCCUUAUCGGGCAGCGACGGUGGCGGUGAGCUGGUCUACAGCGAAGUCCUGACAUUCCUGGACCACGACCCCGUGACACGGAAGCUCUUCUACACUCUGCAGACAGAAUCCAGGGCACAGCUCCAGCUCACCGCUGCCCACCUGAUGUUUGUAUUUGAGGGGAACUGCUCAGAGGGGGCAGUGCCAGCCCGGGGCGCCCGCAGGACUGUGUACGCCAGCGACGCCAGACCGGGACAGUGCGUGCUGGUGUUGGAGGGUAAACCUGGGAGGGACAACAGAGCGGGGCAUCUUUCUCGGAUCACCCGGGUGAGCCUGAGGGAGAGGACGGGGGCGUUUGCACCGUUGACCCAACAGGGGACGGUGGUGGUGGACGGCGUGGCGGCGUCCUGCUACGCCGUGGUGGACCAACACAACCUGGCCCAUUGGGCCUUCACCCCGCUCAGGUUGCUGCACAGCUGGACUGGCACCACCGGGCGCCACAGUGAUGGGAUCCACUGGUACUCUCAGCUUUUACACUGGCUGGGGAGGUUGCUGCUAGACUCUGGUCGCCUCCACCCACUGGGCGCGGCCCGGGACGACAGGUAAGGGGGGAAAAAGGUACAAAACGUAUAUAGACAGGAACCCGGGGACCCCUUUGCCUUGUGAUGGGCAUGGACCCCAAAUACAAACCUGCAGAGCUGAACAGGAACCACAGCGAACUACCUACAGGAUGAGAGAUGUUUGGGUUCCUGCCAUGGCCUGAUGGGAGUUUUCUAACAGGGGGAAAGGGAUGUGUGAACUGACACAGACGAAUUCCUCCAAAAAUGAUGCAGACAGUGAACAUCAGAGCAAUCGGAGUGCACACACUCCGGUGUUUCAACGACUCUGUAUCCUUGAAAAACGUUAAAACAGUAAUCCUGUCAUUAACCCUUUAAUUCGCCCCGGAAAACACACCAAGCACCUUAAUUAAAGUAUAAAUUGUGUGUUACAGGGUGACAGACACACAAACCGUUCAUCUACAUAUUGAUUAGAUUUUAAUGGGUGCAUGAUUUGCUCAGUGAUUUACACAUCAGUUAUCGACUAUCACAUUUUUAUUGGGUUGGGAUUUUGGUUUACGUUCCUGAGAAGAUAUUCUCAGGUAUUCACAGGGAUAAGGAAUUUAGGAUAAAUUAAUGGCUUGUUUUAUCUUGUGGAUUUAGGGUUUUUUACAUAAUAAAAACCAUACAAAACAGCAUGGAGGCCAUUGAGUGAAAAACUAAAGCACUUUUAAGUAAUGGUGAGGUCUAGUGUUAACUGGUCAAUGUUAAGGGGUUCUCAAAAAACAAAAAAUGUAUACUGUGCAGAUAACCCAUUCAUUAUAACUGUAAAAUCCCAAUACAGAUAUAAUAAUACAGAUAAUUAGCACCUGAAGAUGAACCAAAAUCCCAACCAUAAUGCCACUUGGAAUUUAUCAAAUAUUUAAGAUCCGUUUGUAAAUUAAGGGGGGGAGUCAUUGGCCAAUGUAAAGGCCAUAAAACCAUGCAGGUAAUCUGCUAAGAACAUUUUGUAUGUACAACUGAUUAAUUAUUGAAACCCAUUAAGAUAUCUUGAGUGUUUUCAUAUAAAUGGGUAAAUUAGUGUUAAAUUGAGGGAUUUAGUUUUAUAGUGUCCACGGGGAUGCUGUGUUGUACAUUAACAUUACUGCUUUAAUACAGAGAGAUUUUAGAGGAAACGAUGAGUUUAUUUAAGUGUUAUUUUUAUUAAAAAAUCCAGUGAUGUUUUGGUGGGGCGCACAAGAGAUAUGAAUAAAAAAAAGAUUUAUUUUUUAAAUUAAAUUAUACGGAA